GUUCACUUUUCGCAACGAUGAAACUCUUGCUGGCGCUAGCUUUCUGUGUCUUGGCGGCUCACGCCGUGGAGGUCCGUGAGAACGGCGAGAACGGAUGGUAUGUGCCCCAGGCCGAUGGCACCCUGGAGUGGAUGGACCGCGAGUUCGCCGAGGCCUACCUGGAGACCAAGAGCCGCAUGGAGGGCCGCAACGUCCUGAACCCGGUUACCUUCUACCUGUACACCCACUCGAACCGCGACAACCCGCAGGAGAUCAAGGCCACCUCAUCCUCCAUCUCCGGCUCCCACUUCAACCCCAACAACCCCACCCGCAUCACCAUCCACGGCUGGUCCUCCAGCAAGGACGAGUUCAUCAACUAUGGAGUCCGCGACGCCUGGUUCCGUCACGGCGACAUGAACAUGAUUGCCGUCGACUGGGGACGCGCCCGUUCCGUGGACUACGCCUCCUCCGUGCUGGCUGUUCCCGGAGUCGGUGAGCAGGUGGCCACCCUGAUCAACUUCCUGCGCAGCAACCACGGCCUCAACCUGGACAACACCAUGGUGAUCGGUCACAGCCUGGGUGCCCAUGUGUCCGGAUACGCCGGCAAGAACGUCAAGAACGGCCAGCUGCACACCAUCGUGGGUCUAGACCCCGCCCUGCCCCUCUUCAGCUACGACUCGCCCAACAAGCGCCUCAGCUCCACCGACGCCUACUACGUGGAGUCCAUCCAGACCAACGGCGGAACCCUGGGCUUCCUGAAGCCCAUCGGCAAGGGAGCCUUCUACCCCAACGGCGGCAAGAGCCAGCCCGGAUGCGGAGUCGAUCUGACCGGCUCCUGCGCCCACAGCCGCUCCGUGAUCUACUACGCCGAGUCCGUGAUCGAGAACAAUUUCCCCACCAUGCGCUGCGGCGACUACGAGGAGGCUGUGGCCAAGAGCUGCGGCAGCGCCUACAGCUCCGUCCGCAUGGGAGCCACCACCAAUGCCUACAUGGUCGCCGGGGACUACUACGUUCCCGUUAAGAGCGAAGCUCCCUACGGCAUGGGCAACUGAGUCCGGUUCCAAUCAAAUAAAUCGAGUGAAAGCUCUGUGAGCUAAAGCAAUA